CCGCUCUUCGUAUAAAGCCCUCAGUCUAAAGUCAGAGCACAAACACUACACAUCUAACGUUAUUCGUGCUACAUAUCAUAGACUUGAAAGUAUAUGAGUGUGAAAGAUUUCUCUCAUAGAAUAUAUUAUCGUACUUCUGGCAACAGAGAGGUGUAUUUGCAUCGACUGAUAUUUAUUUCAUAUAUUAUUAAAAACAAAGCUCGUUUAGGGUUUUGCUGUGAUCCUUACAAUCCAGGGAUAAAUUUUCACCUGAACAAGACUGAAACAAAAACAAAAAAAAGCAAACCUUCACAAUGGUGUCGAGCAGCGAACACAGAGCCGCCAUGCAGAGCCGACUCGGCCAAGCACUCAAGACCACUGCCCGGAAUGCUUUGCUCCUGCUUUACAAAAACAAGUUCCAGAAGGCGAAUCCGGGAAAGAAACCAUACGACGUCCUGGUGAUGUCUGCAAAAGCCAAAGAGAUUCUGCAGAAGAAUCCCGCGCUGGACAAGACGAUAAAGGAAGACGCGACGGAAAAGCUGGACAUCACGGCCCUAUGUCUUCUCCUUCGGUACUGCUGUGGACUCCGCAAAGAGGCCUCAGCAUGGAAGGACCUCUCUCUUCUGGAAGGUAACAUUUCUGAGCUGCGAAUUCUCCGCAACGCCGACGGACACUGGACGGAGGAGGGCAGCAGCGACUCGUCCGUUAAGGAGUCGUGGGAUCGCAUGGAGGCGGCCGUGACGAAGAUCCUGCAGCUGGGCGACCUGAAAAGUCACGUCCCAAGCUUCAAGAAGGAGCUCCAGGAUAAGAGGGUCGUGAACCCGUUCCAAAGGGUGUACGACGGCGAUGAAGUCAGAGCCUCCAUGCAAGACGAACUGAGAGAGGGCUUCCGCAGCGGAAACAAGACCACGCAAAUGCCCCUCGUGUGGGCUGGGAAGAACUUCGGCUUCCACCACAAGGCCACAAGCACCUACACCAGCAGCAGGUUCUCAGUCAACCGCGAAGGGACGCUGGUUACUGUGGAGAGUGACGGCGUGGUCGGGGCGCGGGGGGCGUGGCAGACCCUGGUGGUGCAGGGGGAAUCGGGUACGGGCAAGACCUCCCUCCUGCGCUACUUCGCCGACCUGUGGAGCACGUCGCCAUGCCCGCUGUCCUCCCUGGCGGCGUUCCAGUUCGUGCUCUUUUUGGACUGCAACGCCGUCACCACUCGGACCUUCAGGGUGUUCGACAUUCUCAAGGAAGUGUUCCCUAAAGCCACUUCCAAGUGGAGGCCUGCCACUCUCCUGAGGGUCCUGACGCAGGCUGGUAGCAGCGUCAUGAUCAUGAUCGACGCUUUCGACGAGAGGCUGGAGGCUUUCCAGGAUGCCUUUCAGGACUUGCAGAAGGCGUGUCCGGAGGCCUUCUUCCUGAUCACCACGCGGCCCCACUGCGUCCCCGCCAUCGUCAGGCUUUGUGACAGAGAGGUGCUGCGGGUGACAGCUCACGGCUUCAGCAGAGCGAGCGCCAGGAGCUGUGCUGGACCACCUGGUUCUGGACGGAGGAGGGCGGCGACCAGUUCUCGACGCUGGGCAAGACCUUCCUCAACGUGA